CCCUUGAAGUCAACGGAAAGCCUGUCAAAAAGAACUCAGAUGUCAUCCUUCGGGCUGGGGAUGAGCUGGUGUUUAGUUCAUCUGGCAACCAUUCUUAUAUUUUCCAGCAGCUUACAGUUGAGAGUCCUACUGCUGCAUCUUCUGUCGGUAUUGCAGAGGCUCACAGUGCCCCUUUAAAAUGAGGUUCAAGUUGAAGCAAGAUCUCGUGAUCCAUCUGCUUGCUGUGGCAGGGGCAUCAAUAUUGGCGUCUCUAUCAAACCUUGGGAAUGAUCUGUCACUUCUUCCUCCACCUUCCCAAAGCAAUGAGGAUGCCCAACAAGCAAUAGGGAGACCAGCAUUAUCUACUGCCUUUGAAGUACCAGACGAUUCUGUUCCCGUGCUUGAUAUCAAUACCUGCACCAGGAAAGACAGUGCUGAUCAAAAUUCUAGAACUGUUGUGCCACUAGAUGAUAAUGCACCCGCACCAGCUGAACAAACAUCCAGAGUAGAUGUUAAUGUUGGCAACAUUGAUCGUGCUUUUAAGGACAACAUGCGCGAGGGAAUUCUGGAUGGUCAAAACACUCAAGUGUCAUUUGACAACUUCCCUUAUUAUUUGAGUGAAAACACAAAAAAUGCGUUGAUUUGUCCUAUCUACAUACAUUUGAAGCACAAGGAGUUUGCCAAGUUUACCACAGAUCUUCCUACUGUUAGUGCAAGAAUUUUGUUAUCGGAUCCUUCAGGCACUCUUCUUGGAAAUUUGUGGGUGUUAAGUGGAGGUUAG